AUGGCAAGGACUAGGAGUGGGCCAGGCCCCAAGGCCCCAGGAGAAUACUAUAAAUGCAAGAUCUUCAGUCCUAAAGAGGGGCUUGUGUUCACAGAGAAAGAGAGAGAUGCUCAUUACUUGCUUGGUUUCUUACCACUCGUGGUUAUAACUCAACAACUUCAAGUGAAGAAAAUGAUGCACAAUAUUCACCAACAUCAAGUUCCACUUCAGAAGUACAUGGCCAUGAUGGACCUUCAGGAGAGAAAUGAGAGGCUGUUCUACAAGUUUCUCAUUGACAAUGUUGAGGAACUUCUCCCGAUUGUCUACACUCCAACUGUUGGUGAGGCUUGCCAGAAGUAUGGGAGCAUUUUCAGGCGCCCUCAGCAGAAAGGGCUAAGGGAGAUGACCGUACUAGGGCUCAUGAACACACAGACUAACACCAAAGCUCCUUUGGAAGAGAUGCAUAAGAAGAUCUGGCUUGUGGACUCAAAGGGAUUAAUUGUUAGUUCAUGUAAGAAUUCCCUUCAACACUUCAAGAAACCUUGGGCUCCCGAACAUGAACCCGUUAAGGAUCUUUUAGAUGCUGUCAUGGCUAUCAAGCCGACAGUUCUAAUUGGUUCAUCUGGAGUGGAAAGAACAUUCACAAAAGAGGUGAUCGAGGCCAUGGCCUCCUUCAAUGAGGGACAUGCAAUUUUUGCCAGUGGAAUUCCAUUUGACCCUAUGGAAUACAACGGCAAAGUCUUUGUUCCUGGCCAGGCAAAUAAUGCAUAUAUUUUCCCUGGAUUUAGUUUGGGUUUUGUCAUCUCUGGUGCAAUUCGUGUACAUGAUGAAAUGCUUUUGGCAGCCUCAAUGAUACACAACUUUAAUUUUGAAGUUCUAAUUAAAUUUGAAGAUUUUGCAAACCACAAUGCCUUUGAGCUGCUAGAGAAAUAUGGUUCUACUCAUCUUGUCUUCAAUGAUGAUAUCCAGGGGACAACAUCUAUGGUUCUUGCAGGUCUUAUUGCAGGACUGAAGUUACUUGGCGGUACCUUGGCUGAGCACACAUUUUUAUUUUUUGGUGCUAGAGAAGCUGGAACUGGAAUAGUAGAACUUAUAGCUCUUGAGAUACCAAAACAGACCAAAGCUCCUUUGGAAACGAUGCAUAAGAAGAUCUGGCUUAUGGACUCAAAGGGAUUGAUCGUUAGUUCUUGUAAGAAUUCCCUUCAACACUUCAAGAAACCUUGGGCUCCCGAACAUGAACCCGUUAAGGAUCUUUUAGAUGCUGGCAAGGUUAUCAAGUCGACAGUUCUAAUUGGUUCAUCUGGAGUGGAAAGAACAUUCACAAAAGAGGUGAUCGAGGCCAUGGCCUCCUUCAAUGAGAAACCUCUCAUUAUGGCUCUCUCCAACCCAACCUCGCAAUCUAAGUGCACAGCUGAAGAAGCUUACACCUGGAGUCAAGGACAUGCAAUUUUUGCAAGUGGAAGUCCAUUUGACCCUGUAGAAUACAAUGGCAAACUCUAUCUACCCGGCCAGGCAAAUAAUGCAUAUAUUUUUCCUGGAUUUGGUUUGCGUUUGGUCGUCUCUAGUGCAAUUCAUGUACACGAUGAAAUGCUUCUGGCAGCAUCAGAGGCUUUGGCUGAGCAAGUAAAAAAUGAGAAUUUGGACAAGGGUUUGAUCUAUCCACCAUUCUCUAAUAUCAGAAAGAUCUCUGGCCACAUUGUUGCUAAUGUGGCUGCUAAAGCAUAUGAACUUGUGUUGGCAACGCGUCUCCCUCGGUGUGAUAAUCUGUUGAAGUACGCCAAAAACUGCAUGUAUACUCCUAAUUACAGAAGCUUCCGAUGA